GCUUGAAGCCCAAGCGCGAUGGCUAUUCCAUCUUUGCUGCCCAUGGCAUGUGGUUGACUGAUCGAAUUGCUGGCGUUGGGCAAUGGCAGGUUGCAUCAAAGAGAGCAUAUGACAGCCAUGACUUUCUACCGGCUCAGACAGAUGCAGUUCUAUCACGACUCCAACAACCCCGAGCUCUAUGACUAUGUGCGCUCGCUCUAUCGGACGGAAAUGAUAUCGUUCAAACAGGCAUCUGAUCAACUCUUUGCCUAUCGCGACUCGAGCUCAGACUAUUAUUACACAACCCCUCUGGUACUUGUAAAUGUGUCGUACUAUCCGUACACAAGCAACAAAGUGCUCCAGAACUUUACUCUCUACCAGGUGACAAACACCUUUGCCGAAGCGGGGCUCCAAAUCUCCAAUAUUGAGUUUGCGGCAUUCCAGAAUAUCAGUACAAACAACGAUGCGCGCUUUAUCCUCGACAACAUGUUCCAGAUACAGCACCAGGCUUACGACUUUUCGAUGAACACUCUCUAUUUUGGGCAUCAGGCGGGCGUCUCUACACAGGCGACAAACCUGGUGUACAUAUUGACCGGAAUUAGCGUCGUCAUCGUCGCGCUCUUCAUGUAUCUGAUCGAUCUCAAGGUGCGUGGAUUCAAGCGAAAGCAGAGCCAGUCCCUGGAUGUCUUUCAGGCGAUCCCUGAGCGCGACAUUCGCGAGACCCUGGAGACCAUACAUGAGUACACCGAAAUCUGCCUCAUGACGAUCCUGACAAGCGACUCGCUCAAGCGUCAGACGACAAAGUACCUCGAGAACGUUCCCAAGGGCAAGUUUAUCUCCACCUCGAGCACCUUUGGUAUUCAGUAUGGUAUAUAUGCCGUGUCUCUCACGGCCAUCAUGGGCAUCUUUGCCUAUCUCAACGUGCUGGGCGUUUACAACAUUGGGAUGGGAUUCGCAGUGCUUGACCAGAAUUCGGACAUGAUCACCUACUCGAUAAGAAGCUACCUCAUCCAAAACGAGCUUGUCAACAUCGAUCUCAAAACAUGGGAGCGGGUGGAUCUUCUGAGGAGUGAUAUCGUGUUUGAGACAAACUGGUAUUUCGGCGUGUACCAAACCGUUCUCUAUGGCGACAAUACCCGCUACCCACCAUCACCCUCAUCAAACAAUGUCUGGCCAGAUAUGCAGACUUACUUCAACAGUCCGGCGUGCCUCCUGCAGAACGUAUCACAGUGUUCUCUUCCAAACCCGCCGUUUCCCAAUCCAGGCUGGAACACGAGCAUCGAGUUUACCAUCGACACCGUCAACUCAGGCAUUCUCUACGCCUCGGCUGCCUUUAUGAACGUUGUGCUCGAGAUCGCCAACCUCCCUACGACGCAGACUCUGAUGCCGAAUCCCAGCAAACUUCUCAUGUUGAAAUCCAUUCUGGAUCCGUAUUUGAUGCAAGGAUGGCAGAUAGCAGGGGAUAUGGCAUACAACCUGACAAACGACAGUGUCGAUGCUCUGACCCAGCAGGAUAUCGCUAUCUUUGUCAUCGAGAUCCUCGUCUUGAUCCUUGGUCAGUUUUUGAUUGUGGCCAGGAUGAUGAACGGAUUCAAGUUCAUGGACAACUGCAUCUUCAGUUUGACAUCAUGGAUCCCGGACCGCAUUCGGCAGAUUCCCGAGGUCGAGGCCAUCCUGGAUCGUAUUUUGAUGCGCGAGACCGAAAAUGCAAAUGCACCCAACGCCAAUAUGUUCCAAAAGAUGAUAUUUUGGAGAAACAACCCACCACAGCCCGAUAUUGAGCGGUCUCAAAGAUCUAUGAGAGUGAUACCCAAAAAGUCACGAUUCCCGAACAUCUCUCUCUACAGCAUGCCUGCCAAGUAGUCUCAGGCGCACCUCGAAUUACCAUGCCGCCUAUGUUUGCGGGGCAAACAAUACAUCACUAUUGGAACGAUA